UAGGGCAUUCUAGACUUGGGAAAACCUUUGCACUGUUUCAUUUUACCAUAGCUCUUUUACACAAGCAGCAAUACAUUUGAACAGUGAAUUAGUCUUUUCAGCACAUUUUAGAGCAAUAAAUUGUGUAGUAGCAGUUUUCAUCACAGCUCUUUUAUCACUCUGAGAGAAAAGGCAGAACUAAAGGUCAGCACUAGUAUAUAUUUAUAUAUAUGUGUGUGUGUGUGUGUGUGUGUGUGUGUGUGCGCGCGCGCUUCAGCUUUCCAGAAUGUUGCUGCAUAUCAUCCUCAGAACUUUGCAGGUUUGUAAGAUUAAAUAAAUUUACAUCAUGUGUGGUUAAUUUGGAUUUAUUUUUCCCAGUGUAUUUAAAGAUCUGUGUGUUCUGAUAAGGGAAUUGCAGUGCAAAGCAGAUUUAGUUUCUUAUUUUUUACUGGAGCAUCAACCGACUGGAGCGUAAAUUUCAGGCUUGUAAAAAACCUUUAUCUCUCUCUUCAGUCAAUAUGAAUAUUUUCUAAAUUAAUUAGUUGUUUUGCUUAUAAAAUAGCGGGAAAAAACUGAGAAAUGUUGCAGAUGAUGGACUUUGAUGUCCUGUCCUGAACCAGCAAUUCAAAGCGACCAAAUAUUCAGAUUAAUAUCAGAGGAAGACAAACAGAAAACACUUGUCAAGCUGGAAAUUUGGACUGUAAAGUAUAUUUUUUAGAUAAUUGUCGACUGUUUUCUUAUUAACGACUCAGCUCCUAUAAGUAUACAGCAUAAUGUACAUAUACUCUGUAGAUGUUUGAUAUACUGUUUAUGAUAGAUUCCUAUUACCCAAUUAGAGCCUUUGCAAUCUGUGAUCAUUGCGGAACAAAAAGAAUAGAUUAGGUACAAUAACUGAAUGUUAGUUACAGCAGUUUAUGAUGAUCCCUGUUACCCAACUGGAGUUAUGUAACCUGUCAGGAUGGUGUUUUAUUACUAUGCUUAAUUUGUUUUAUUUGAUUCCAGAGUCCAAAAUGUUUCCGGUCUUGUUUGCUGUCAUGAUAAAUAUAAGUAGAAAAAAAAUAUUUAAGAAGGAAUGAAAGCAAGAGUUGAAUGUCAGUUAAUAUAGACCAUGAUAAUUUCUGUUACCCAAUUAGAGUUGAUGUAAUCUGUCAUUAUUGUGUUUCAUUAUUAUGCUUGAUUUGUUUUAUUUGAUUCCAUAGUUCAAAAUCUUUCCUGUCUUAUCAAUCUGAGUAAAAAAAAAAAAAAGUAAAGGAAAUAAAAGCGAUCAUAAAAUGUCAGUGACAGUUGAGGAUGCGCGCAAUCUUUCCAUCCUGUGCCAACGUGAUGACGACAUACGUGGAACCGGAGCCACGUGACUCCUUCACCUGUGCCCAACCUGUUUAUCUCCGCUGCUCCACCGCGUCGCCGUUCAACGAGGAAUUGAAACUGUUUCCACUUAGAGUUUGCCAUUUUCGCUUGUUUUUCAGAGUAAACGACACCAUCUCUGACGGGUUUUUAGUGUUUUCUUGUCGCUUUGGCUCGACUUUUUUGCUCGCUGACUGUGGGGACUUUGACCUCGGUGAGGCACCUGUCUCAAACAAGGAAGUGUAGCCUGUUGAGUCGGAUGAUGUCGACGGGCCGUUUGUAAAUGACAUUAAAUGGACACUUUGCUUUCUUCUGAAAGGUGUUUUUUAUUCCCAAUGUUUUCCCCGUAACGUUACUUUGUGGACUGUUUGUGCACAGCGUCGUUUUCACGGGAUAAAACUGCUUCCUCUUUCCACUUUACAAGAUGAGCAUUUCUCUCGAAGACAUGGAUUCAUCAGCCGACAAUAAUUCCAUUGUGCACCUGGCUGCACCAAUUCUCCCAGACAAGUCAGACAUCUCCAAUAUGACCAUUAUCCAGACAAGCAACGGGUCCAUCAUUGAGGAUCAGAUCUUUUUAAACACGACGGCUGCUCAGGCCCUCUCGGGGAUAUUUGUCUGGUCUGCCUUGCUCAUAACAUGCCACCAGAUCUAUACACACCUUCGAUCCUACACCGUCCCUAAUGAGCAGCGCUACAUCAUCCGCAUCCUGUUUAUUGUGCCAGUUUAUGCCUUUGAUUCUUGGCUCAGCCUCCUCUUCAUCAGCAACAACCAGUAUUACGUCUAUUUUGAUUCUGUUCGGGACUGCUACGAAGCUUUUGUCAUUUACAAUUUCCUGAGCCUGUCCUUUGAGUAUCUGGGAGGAGAGAGUGCAAUCAUGUCAGAGAUCCGAGGGAAGCCCAUCCAGUCAAGUUGCCUCUAUGGUACGUGCUGCCUCGUCGGAAUGAGCUACUCCAUCGGCUUUUUAAGAUUCUGCAAACAGGCGACUCUCCAGUUCUGCGUUGUCAAACCCAUCAUGGCAGCCAUCACCAUCAUCCUGCAGGCCUUUGGCAAAUAUCAUGAUGGAGAUUUUAACGUGAAUGGAGGAUACCUGUACAUCACAAUCAUCUACAACUUCUCCGUCAGCCUGGCCCUCUACGCUCUUUUCCUCUUCUUCUUCGCAACAAGUGACCUGCUCAGGCCGUACGAACCGGUGCUCAAAUUCCUCACAAUUAAAUCUGUCAUCUUCCUGUCCUUCUGGCAAGGAAUGGUCCUCGCCAUCCUGGAACGCUGCGGUGUCAUUCCCAAUGCGCUUUUCAUCGACGGACAGGAGGUCGGCGCCGGCACCGUGGCAGCAGGCUGGCAGAACUUCAUCAUCUGCAUUGAAAUGUUCUUCGCUGCCAUUGCUCUCCGAUAUGCCUUCACCUGCACCGUCUACCAGGAGAAGAAAAACGACGUGCCAGAGAACAUCCCCCCAAUGCAGAGCAUCUCCAGCGGUCUGAAGGAAACCAUAAACCCAGGAGACAUGGUACAGGACGCCAUCCACAACUUCUCCCCGGCCUAUCAGCAGUACACCCAGCAAUCCACACAGGACGUGACCCACCCCGGCGCAAACGGAAAGGUAGCCACAGGCAACAAGAGCUCCCGCAAGUCCGACAAAAUCAUGCUGAUUCCAUCUGAUGACGAGUUCUAGGCAUAUUUCCAGCAAGAUCCAGGUGUUUGUGCCCCCGCCACCUCCAUCUCUGUCCCCUCGGGUGAGCCAGCUGUAUUGCCUGUCGCACAGAGCUGGAUUAAACCCAGGUGUUUAAUUUUCAUGAUCCCAGUAUUUAUAAAGGACUGCUUACAUCUGCCCUACUUUAAAGAUAAUUUAAACGGCAAGAAGAGGAUGAAAUAUAAUGCUGUUAAAAUCAAUAACCAGAGAACUGAUCUGUCUCCAUCUUGGGAUUAAUAACCACGGGACAAUGGCGCGUCAUCUUCGCCGUAUCAGAAGUUGAGAGCUGUGCAUUUUCUCUAAAUCAAGCUGCUGGAUGUGGAGCUGAGCCCCUGAUGCUGAUUCCGUCAUUCUGUCCCUGCUUGCUCUCUGGCCAUGUGAAGUGCGCUCUCUCUGAUUCAUGUCAGUUUCAAAGAGGAGAUGAUUAAUACGUGACUCCAGGUGGGAAGCAGGGAAGCCAGCAAUGGCUGAGAAUGGCACUUCAUGGACCGUUUCUCGCGUCUCCUCGUUUGAAGUAUUUGCUGAGCAUUCCUGUGCAUGAUUUCCUGACAAAUGGAAGGAUUCGUUCAAAGACACAUUAGUUUUGGAGCAGGCACUUCAAACUGCAGACUGCGCUUCACAAUCCUUUGUAUCUACCAUAGCAGAGACAAAUUGGAUUAGCCCGUCUCCAACAAAGUCUGAGCUAUAUUAUUCACGUUAAUUUUCUCAGCAUGCAAAAGAGCGUAAUUCACUGCAACUAGACGGCUGUUUAACAGAUGCUAACAAGUCUCUUUUUGCAGCUCCUGCAUCAUUGUAAAUGCUUCCAGCAAGGCUUCUUGUGAUUGACAGGUUCACACUACUGUUCAGAAUAGAAUUCAAUCUUCCAGAGAUUAUGAUGUGCAAAACUUUAUUAGUGCACAUUAUGGCGUUUAAUAUGUUUCGUUUGUGUAAAAUAAUGUGUUUGGAUUAUGAAUUGGAAAGAUCUUGAUGUAUUUGUUGUGUGUAGAUCAGGUGUAGAUAGAUCAAACAGAAAUGUGGCGAGCAGAAGAGAAACUCAAAGAAGUCUUGAUUCUUACAAGAGACUUUUAGUAGUUUUUCUCCUCUUUUCAUCUAUCUCUGUCAAUGGACGAUGUGACUUUUUAAGCAGAGUAGUUAUUUGAAACCAAUUUUUGUAUCUCCUAGUUUUUUAUCCUCUUGUGCCAAUGAAAGCUGUGUGGGAAAGCAGAAAUGAAUUUACAGCUAGGUACAAAAUUACUUCAGAUUGUUUUGUCUCGUGCGUCUUUGUCUUGUCUGGCAUGAAAAUAAAAUAAUUGUUUUGCCUCUGUAA